AUGUUUAGAACAAUUUUAACAAAUCAAUUAAGAACUCCAAUCACAAGAACUUCAAUUCGUUCAAUUUCUUCAACACAACAAAGAAAUUCAAUAAUUGAUAGUGCUAAAAAGACACUUAAUGACUUGAAUCAUAAAGUUGGUAAAGCUGCAGCAAAUACUUUGGAAGCUGCAGAAGAUGUAUCACCAAAGGAAACAUUGAAUCAAGUUAAUAAGAAAGUUGGUAAAGCCGCUGCAAAUACAAUGGAAGCUGUUGAAGAUAUAGAUCCAAAAGAUGCGUUAAACAAGGCAAAUAAAAAAGCUGGUGAAGUUGCCUCUGAAGGUUUAAAUAAAGCUGAAAAGGCAAAAGAUACAAUCAAGGAAAACGCUCAAGAAAAAAUUCAUAAUGAAGAAGGUGUUGCUCAAGAUUUGAAAACUGAUGCUGCAAAUACUUCAUAUAACGAUGUUAAAGAAGGUGUUAAGAAGACUGCAAAAGAUGUUAAAAAAUCAGUUAAGAAUGAUGAUCAAGUUCAAGGUGCUGUUAAUGAAGGUAAAGAAACUUUAGAUCGUGCUGCAAAGAAUGCUAAUGAAUUAAAGAAAGAUGCAGCUGAAAAAGUCAGUGAAAAAGCAGAACAAUAUAAAUAA